CCUGUUCGACCGGGGCCUGAAGAGGAAGCAGAAGGACUGGGCGGCCCGCCAGCCCGACUGCAUGAAGUUGGUGGCCAGGUGGCAGACCGUGUGUAUGAUAUAGCCAGAGAGUUUCCUCUUGCUCUGGAUGUUGGUAGUGGAAGAGGCUACAUAGCCCAGCACUUAAAUAAGGAGACGGUCGGAAGGUUUUUCCAAGUUGAUAUUUCCGAAAAUGCUUUGAAAAAUACCAUGAAAACAGAAAUUUCUACUAUCAGUGUUUUAGCUGAUGAAGAAUUUCUUCCUUUCAAAGAAAAUACAUUUGAUCUUGUAGUUAGCAGUUUAAGUUUGCAUUGGGUGAAUGACCUUCCUCGAGCAUUUAAACAGAUACAUCAAGUCCUGAAGCCAGAUGGAGUAUUUAUCGGUGCAAUGUUUGGAGGAGAUACCCUCUACGAGCUUCGAUGCUCUUUGCAGUUAGCAGAACUGGAAAGGGAAGGAGGAUUCUCUCCACACAUUUCUCCUUUUACUGCUGUCAAUGACAUAGGACAUUUGUUGGGAAGAGCUGGGUUUAACACGCUAACUGUGGAUACCGAUGAAAUUCAAGUCAAUUUUCCAGGAAUGUUUGAGGUGAUGGAAGACUUACAAGGAAUGGGGGAGAGUAACUGUUCUUGGAAUCGAAAACCUUUGCUUCACAGAGAAACAAUGUUGGCAGCCGCAGCCAUAUAUCAAGAAAUGUAUGGAAAUGAGGAUGGUUCCGUUCCUGCAACAUUUCAGAUCUAUUACAUGAUAGGAUGGAAAUACCAUGAUUCACAGGCAAGACCUGCUGCAAGAGGUUCUGCAACGGUAUCAUUUGGAGAUCUUGGAAAAAUAAAUAAUCUUGUGUCACAAGGGAAAGAAUGAUACUUGAUCGCAAUAAAUGUUUUAUCCAGUUUUAUGAA